GCCCCGCCCACAGCCUAGCGUCUGCGCUUCCGGGAGGAAAGUUACGGGUUGAGCAGCGUGAAAUACGCCGAGAGGUAGACUCCGCGCCGACUGGCGGCCAACCUGCAGUCUUGGGUGGUGCCCGCCAAAAUGUCUCACAUGGAGAGCAUGGUGCUUUGUCGAGAGGCCCAAGUGUCCACCUUGCAGUCCCUGUUUGGAGAGAGACAUCAUUUCAGCUUUCCGUCCAUCUUUAUUUAUGGGCAUACUGCCAGUGGGAAGACCUAUGUAACACAAACCUUGUUGAAAACUUUAGAGCUCCCACAUGUCUUUGUGAACUGUGUUGAAUGCUUUACUUUGAGGCUACUUUUGGAACAAAUUCUAAACAAGUUGAGUCAUCUGAAUUCUUCAGUGGCAGGAUGUCCUACAGAAAUAACCUGUGAAACAUUUAAUGACUUUGUUCGAUUGUUUAAGCAAGUGACCCAUACUGAGAAUCUCAAGGAUCAGACUGUAUAUAUUGUUCUAGAUAAAGCUGAAUAUCUAAGAGAUAUGGAAGCAAAUCUUUUGCCUGGGUUUCUUAGGUUACAAGAGUUGACUGACAGAAAUGUGACAGUUAUUUUUCUCAGUGAGAUUAUUUGGGAAAAGUUCCGUCCAAAUACUGGAUGCUUUGAACCAUUUGUCUUAUAUUUCCCUGAUUAUAGCAUAGGGAACCUUCAAAAGAUCCUGUCCCAUGAUCAUCCUCCAGAAUAUUCAGCUGAUUUUUAUGCUGCCUACAUUAAUAUUCUCCUUGGAGUUUUCUACACUGUCUGUCGAGAUCUGAAAGAGCUCAGACAUCUGGCAGUGCUUAAUUUUCCCAAAUACUGUGAACCUGUAGUUAAAGGAGAAGCAGGUGAACGUGAUACUCGGAAACUAUGGAGAAAUAUUGAACCUCACCUGAAGAAAGCAAUGCAGACUGUUUAUCUCAGGGAGAUAUCAAGUUCCCAGUGGGAAAAGUUACAGAAAGAUGACACAGACCCAGGACAGCUAAAAGGUCUCUCGGCAUACACCCAUGUGGAACUACCAUAUUACUCUAAGUUUAUUCUUAUUGCUGCAUACCUUGCCUCUUAUAACCCAGCGAGAACAGACAGGAGGUUCUUCCUUAAGCAUCAUGGAAAAAUCAAGAAAACCAACUUUCUAAAGAAACAUGAGAAGACAAGCAAUCACCUCCUUGGACCAAAACCAUUUCCAUUGGACAGAUUAUUAGCAAUAUUGUAUAGUAUUGUGGACAGCAGAGUGGCUCCAACAGCAAAUAUCUUCUCCCAGAUUACCUCCCUAGUGACUCUACAGCUGUUAACUCUAGUUGGUCAUGACGAUCAGCUUGAUGGACCAAAGUACAAGUGCACAGUGUCACUAGAUUUCAUCAGAGCUAUUGCACGAUCUGUGUUUACAGGUGUGUGCCACCAUGUUCAGCAAGUAAGGUGAUGUUGGGAUAAGAUCCAGGAGGUCCCCCAGUGAAGUAGGGUGAUCUGAACCCCAGAGGAAAGCCAGUGAGACUGGAGUGGAUAGGGCAGGAUGAGUUUGGGGUUCUGAGCUUGGAUUUGGUGAGUUCUGUUCUUUCUGAUUUUGUUUGUUUUUUUGAGACAGGGUUUUCCUGUGUAGUCCUGGUUGUGCUGGAACUCUGUCUUAGAUCAGGCUGGCCUUGAAUUUACAGACUUGCCCCAGAUCAUGCUAGUUUUUGUCUAAUUGAGCAAAACAAUAACAGCUAGCCAGCAAAAUAGCAAAGAACAAAUUAUUAGAUUGAUCAAUUUAUUUUCUUAGGAGAAAUACUGUGCAGUUAUUAAGAAUUUUACUUUUGAAGGAAAGAAAGUAGGGAAGAGGUCAUGGUAGAGCAUAAGGGAAUAAAGUAGUUAUAUAGAGUUACGUGUAUGAGGAACUCUCACACGUCCAUAAGACUAAGAAAGGGAGCACGUAAUUAGAGUCCUGAUCUCGGGAGGAGCACUCAUUUGUAAUGUCAGCACUUGGAGUGGUGUGAUAGGGUAGAAGUCCCAUUCCAGUCCAUUUCAAUCGUGUUGAUAAGAAAGUAGAUGCAACAGGCACAGGUUUAGAUUUUGUGCUUUCAUGAACUCAACAUUCAUGAUCCCAUUGUAAACAAACAUAGUAUUAGGCUUUUCGUGAUACAGAAACAAGUAUGACGUAGGUGCAGCAUGUGUGUGUUUAAGUAGUUGUGCUUUGAAGAUGUGAAUAUAUUUAAAUGCUGAGGAGAAAACAGAGGAAAGUUGAUGAUACAAAACAAAAAGGAUAAUUUAAAACACAAAAUCUUUGCAGCACUAUGUAAGCCUGGGAUGUAGAAGGGAGUUGACAGAGCCCAAGAUGGGAGACAACACUGUGCUCUGGCCUCAGAACAGAACAGCAUAGAGUCAGGUGCUGAGUUUGGCAGCAAAAAAGUUGAGGAAAUUCUCACCUGAUUCUUCUGCUUUCUCCAUGAAGGAGGAGGCAGAAAUUGUGACUAAAGCAGAGCUAGUAGCAGCUUGAGAAAAGUGUGUAAUGUUGGAAUCAACGGCCAUGUGCAUGGAAGCCCGUGCUCACAGGAAAAAGCAACAUGCUGAGAGGGCUUGAAAUUCUUGACCCUGAGUUUACAGUGGCAUCAAUCUGUGAGGCCUGUGAUCUUUUCCAGCAGCAUUCCAUAUGCUAGAUACCAGGGCUGCAAAGAAUAAUAAUUGAAAUCACAUAAUAUUGGGAUCUUGCCAGAUGAGUUCAGUAGAUGCUAGCAAGUGAGCUCGUGAUGAACCGUGGAGUCUGAGCUGGACAGAAAGGAAGGCAAAGCAGCUGGGAACCAAGAGUUUUAUGUCUAGCACAUAAACACUCAGUACCUGUAGGUCAGAAUAAAAUGAAGGGGUUUAUAGCCUAAUUAUCCCUAGGUGCCCCAGAUACCUGAAGUGGAACAAAUAACAUCUCAGAGGGUAUGUUUUGAGAGGUAGGAUAUUUCUCAGUAUAUUUACUAGAGAUGGAAAGACAAAUAUGCAGUGAAUUUACAGGUCUUAGGAUGCAAAGCCUAGGUGCUAAUUUAUUCAGUGACUAGGAAAUGGUAGCGAGUAGAGAGAAGGGUGGUGACUGGGUCGGUCUGGGUCUCAAGGGCAGGGUUUUUACACAAGGACACCAACUUCACUUGGCUGAACUGUCUGGCAUAUAGAAGAGAGAUGGAGCUUCAUUAGCAAGAACUGAAGAGAAAACUGUGCCCUUCAGGGAGAGCCAUGUUUUAGUUAAUGCCUAGAAUGAGAGAAGCGAGAUUCAUUGAAGACAUAGAGGACCAGAACAGUGGAAAGGUUUGGUUAGAAAAGCCACUGGAAAGUGCUUCCAAAAAGGAAUCAGAAUAUGGAGUAGAGAAUGAAGAGAGCUUACCUCCAAGGAGCUUUUGAGGAGGGGUCUGUGGAGGUGUCUCACUGUGAGAUGAGAGUUAGGUGUGCAGCUCUCCCUGGGGGCAGACACUGCCCAUGUCUCAAGAUUGUAAAGUAAGUGUGUGUUUUUAAGAAACAGUACUAAAAGAAGCCAAACUCAGAACUACCCAAAAAGUAUGAAAGCAUGAGAAAAAGGUCUUUUCUGUGAGUAAAAGAAUUGACAGAUACAGAUAAAACUAAAUCCUUAAGUAUGUUACAUGGAUUAGUUCUGUUCUCAAUUCUGCAUUAAGAAUUACCCCUAGGAGUGCUGAGGAGAUGGCUCAGUGAAUAAAAUGUUUCUAUACAAGCUUAAGGACAAGAGUUCCAACCACCAGAACCAGGUUAGGGCUGGGCAGAUGUGGCAGCUGCCUGUAAUCCCAGCACAUGAGAGGUAGGGACAGGAUGUUUGGGCAGAGCUAGAAUUGGUGAGGUCCAGAUUCAGCAAGUGAUUUUUGCCUCAGUAAGUAAAGUAGAAACUGAUCAAGGAGACAUAGUGUCAAUCUUAAGCCUCCAGGUACACAUGCAAGCCUACAUAUACACAUAUAUUCCACAUAUACAUACAUACAAAAAGAAUUACAAGAAAUUGCCAUCCACAUUGUAUUUUCCUAUUUUUUUCUAGCUGCUUCCUUUAGAAAAUAGUUUGUGUUUCAUGGGAAACAGAACCUCCUGCACUCAGUAAAUGUUAUCCGGAGUCUUAGAACUGUAUUUAUAUGUGUCUAUUGUGUAUCUAAACUCAAGAAAAGCCAGAAGCAAACACAUGUUUACAGUUGCCAUCGACCAAAGCUUUCUUUAAAAUGGGUUGUUUGCCCUGUAAGCAGUUAUUGUAGUUACUUGCAGCAUGGUGUUUGAUAUUGCCUCUGUGGUUAUGCUGUUCAAUUCUGACUUGCUUCAGAAGAUGCAUAUGGGGGUCAGUUAGCAGGUCACCUGCUUAUUGAGGGCUGGGGGGAACUAUAGAAGUAUUUGGACACCUUGGUUAGUAAAUGCAGUAUAAAGUAGUGAUCUUACACAUUCAGUUCCCUGGUCACUUAGUUGUUUUGGGGGGUAUAAAAUUCUGACAAGGGCACUGGAGCAGUGGCUCAGUGGUUAAGAGCAUUUGCUUGCUGCCCUUGCAGAGGACCUGGCUUUGGUUCCCAGCACCAGCAUGGCUAGCAGCUCAAAAUUAUCUAUAACUUCCAUCCAGGGGAUUCAGUGUUUUCUUCUGGGCUUUGUAAACACUGCGUAUAAAUCUGUUGUUUUUAAGUGGAUCUCCUUGAAACCAGAAAUACAGGCCGUUGUGAGCCACCAGGUCUGGGUGCUGGAAUUCUAACUUGGGUCCUCUGCAUGAGCAGUGCAUAUUCUUAACCACUGAGCCAUCACCCAUUCCUAAAUAAAUCUUUAAGAAAAAGAAAUUAUACAGUAUGAUUUGAUUUUCUUGGUGCUGGCUUACUGACAGAGUAGAGACAUGGAAUACAGUUAAUCUUUUACAAAUGACUGCUUUUAAGUUGCUUAGGGUGUUUAAAUCAUACCAUUUAUUCUAUUAAAAUUUCAUUGUAUAAACUGUGCUAUAGCCAUACAAAUUAUUACUGAAACGUAUAAAAGAAUCCUAUCACAAAUUAAUCUGUUUUCAUUUGUCUAUGCAUUUUUCUAGUACUAGCCCAUUAGAUGAACAUUUUUCAGUGGUAACUGCAACACAGUUGUGAUUCUGUGUUCUCUCUGUACAUUUUUAUUCUUAGUAUGUAGAUAUGUCUUCAUAUUGAUCAUUGUAAGUAAGGCUUUGGAAUAUAGAGAGCCUCCUAAUGCUGUAAUUGAGUUGUUUUUAACUUCUUCAGAACUUUUUGUUUUCACAUAGACCUAAAAGGGGGGGGGUAUUAAAUCCAUUUUACUCUGUUGGUUUAUAAUUUAAACCUUAAAAUUCAAAGCCAUCAGAGGGAAUGUGUUCAAAAAGGUGUACAAAUACAUCUCUUUUUGGUGGAUGAGGAAUUGUAGCCUACCGUAUAUCUGGUUUCUCUCAAGACCCUUGAUAAAUCAGGUUACUGGCUGAAAAGAGUUUUUUGUUUGCUUGUUUUUUGUUUGUUUGUUUGUUUGUUUUGUUUUAAGAUCAUCUUAAUUGGGACUUUAUUGCCAGUAAAUUUGAGAGGAAAGUAAAAGGACAUGAAAAUAGAGCAGUGUUGUGAUGUCACACACGUUUGUGCAAGGGAGAGCUUACUUUUAGUUAGCAUUUUUGGCACUCUUGUCACUGCUGAUGGUGACAGGAUAUCUUUAUGCCAUUUAGAAAGUUUUGGUGUUUUUCGUGGAGGCACUGUUAUAAUGACAGUCUUCAGUCUAAUGUUGGGGACCACAGGAGCAGAGCAUCUCACAAUCUGAGCUAUUUUUAAAUGUGUUUUCAAAAGCAGUAUCUAUAGUUCUCUAUCCAUAUUUUAAAAAAUAUUUAGUAUGUCAUUUGUGUAGAAACUUUUUUAGAAAGUAUUAUAAAGUGAUAGACAGAAAAGAAGAAUUGGUGAUAGUUUAAUAAAUAAGAAUGUGCAAUUAGUGACUAUAAAAGGCUGUUCUCACAUGGAUGAUUAUUUUUACAGAACCGAAUACUUAAGGCUUUAAUUUUAUACUUAUUGCUAGAUCAUUAUAUCUAAUUAUUUUGACCAUUUAGUCAAAUAAUAAACCUCCAAGUCUGAAUAUUUAUAGUGAAGAAUGAGUUUGGAAAAAGGAAAAUAAUUAUAUGUCUCUUCCUCUGUUAUUUUAUUCUGCCUGCUAUAGAGGAUAAAAAUACACAUCUACGUCAUUUGUUGUAUCAUAUUCUUGGAUCGUACAGAUUUAGUUGAAAUGUGCAUACAGGUCAGCUGCUGUUAAAAGACUGAAGAUAAUCAAAGCUACAAAUGAGGACAGAUGAGCUGUGCAUUAUGUGAGGAUAAAACAGGUGUUUUGGAAGAUGAAGUGUUCUGAAGCAAACAAGAUUUAAAUACUUUUGCAUCUCUAAUUACUUUAUUCUUAUUAUUAGGCAGGAAGCAAGUGGCUUCCAAAUACAAUCUAAACUUUCUGCAAUAUACUUCAAAUACCAAAUAUUGAGGAGCUCUAACUUUGUUUUUAAGUAAAAUUAACUUUCUAUUUGGUCAAAAAAUGGUUUAAAAAUUGUGUUUUCCGUUAUAUUUAAAAAAUUCAUGCCAGCCCUAUCCUGGUGCCUCUGACAGCAUCAUCCAGUUGUAAAUUACUUCCCACAUGCUUUGCAGUCAUACGAAGCUGGACAAUAGAGGGUGAGGGUGCUAACAUACUAUCUGUUUUUGU